UGUCUGUGUGUGUGUCUGUGUGUGUGUAGUGACUGUGCCCACAAGCACACAAGCCCUGUGUGGCAGGUAAGGUGGAUCGACCAUGAGAGGGGUGCCUCAGGGGAGGACAAGGGAGAGACACUCAUCUCUGUGUCUGCAGACGGCAGGAUCAGCAAGUGGUUCCUGCGGAAAGGCCUCGACUGCAUAGACCUGAUGAAGCUGAAGAGGACGAGGAAUGAGAAAGCCAAGAAGCAGGUUGGAGACAAAGAGAAGAAGAGCGAGGCACUCAUAUCACGGCAGGCACCGGGGCUCUGUUUUGACUUCCAUCCCACGGACUCCAACAUCUACCUUGCUGGUACAGAGGAGGGCCACAUCCACAAGUGUUCCUGUUCCUAUAAUGAACAGUUCCUGGAGACCUACAUAGCACACAAAGGCCCUCUGUACCGGAUCACAUGGUCUCCGUUCUGCUCAGAUGUCUUCCUGAGCUGCUCCUCUGAUUGGACGAUCCAGCUGUGGCGGCAGGACCUGUUCACUCCCGUGCUGGGCUUCACCUCGACCCAGAGUGCCGUCUAUGAUGUCAUGUGGUCCCCCAAGUGGGCCACCGUGUUUGGGGCCGUCAACGAGGGACGUGUGGAGAUCUGGGACCUGGGAGCCAGCAUCCUGGACCCCACCAUAGUGAGCCUGGCCAGUCCCGGGGUGAAGCUGACCUCCCUGCUGUUUGCUACUGAGACAGACUGUAUCCUAGUGGGGGACAGUGACGGGCAGGUCUGCGUCUACCAGCUCAAGAACCUCACCGUAGGAGAGGGAACACAGGUGGCUGCGUUAGAGGACAUCAUCGGCUCCACCCUGGCCAGUCAGCUGUGAGCGGGACAGACCCAGCCGUGGGUGGGGGACACACACCGGGACUAUGUAUCCCCUAAAGCCUGCCUCAUCCACUAUGUCAUCAUCAGCUGUCUGUCACCAUAAUGUUUGGUCCCCAGGGACUGCAUCUUUGUCUGUUUUUAUAUUGAGAAAAAGAACAUGAUCAUUUUUCAUUACCAUAAAUGUCUUGUCUCUGCUUGUCA